AUGAUGCGCCCCUGCUGCCGCUGCCGCCACUGUCGGCAGCUGCCCCGUGCCCUGAGGCUGUUGCUGUUGCUUCCACUUGUCUUUGUACCUCCCCUGGCAGCAGGAACGGCGGGCCCAAACCGCUGUGACACCAUAUACCAGGGCUUCGCUGAGUGUCUUAUCCGCUUGGGAGACAGCAUGGGCCGCGGAGGCGAGCUGGAGACCAUCUGCAGGUCUUGGAAUGAUUUUCACGCCUGCGCCUCGAGGGUUCUGUCGGGCUGCCCAGAGGAGGCAGCCACUGUGUGGGAAUCACUACAGCAAGAAGCUCGCCGGGCUCCGCACCGGGAUAACUUGCACACGCUGUGCGGCGCCCCGGUGCACGUCCGGGAGCGUGGCAUGGGCCCGGAGACCAACCAGGAGACGCUACGGGCAACAGCACCUGCACCUGCCCCAGCCCCCACACCCCCGCUGCUGGCGGCUGCUCUGGCUCUGGCCUGCCUCCUGGGGCCUCUGGCCUAGCCAGCAGAGUCGGGUGGCAGCGCCUGCGUCUCCAGCCCUGCUUGGGCAGACGUUGUCUGGCUCUGCAGGGCACGCACAGCUUUCAUUAAAGGUAUUUAUAUUUGUA